AAAGAAUAUGGUAGGUGGGGGUAAGGGCUUAAACUUGCACUGCGAGCGAGCAGGGUGUGGAAUUAGAUGAGGGAAAUGGGGGGCUUCUGGGCGCGAGCAGGCUCUGCUGUCCCGGGUAUGGCUGGGAUUGCUCUCGCCUCGAUCACCCCACUUUUAUCACAUUUGCAACGUUACCUUGAAAACAUUUAAACAACUUACGGGUAGAGUUCUGCUAACCAGUGCCUUGUUUCUUUCCCUCCACACUUUCUAGUCCUAUGAGAGGAGGCAACGUAUUGAGGGAGGGCUGUAAAUAAAACUGCCCCCUCUAGUUUAGCAAUGCACCGCCAGACGUCGGCUUGUGUGAGUUUCUGGAGAGCAAUUUUGCACUGGGAAUUUGGAAUGCAGUGGCAUUUAACUUCUCUUUGUGUGUGUGUGUGUGUUUGUGUGUUUUGGCAAUACGGUAACCAAAAAUACUCCUUUUGCAAUCAAUAAAUGUACGAAACUUCUGGGAUUUAUCGCAAUAUCUUAUGAAUGGUUUUCACUGAGUACUUUUCUAUUUCUUUGCACGGGCUUGCAAGAAAGAAAAAAAAAGGAGAAGAAAAGGCAGUUGCUUCACGGAGACGCUAAGCUUUCCUGUUUAUCGCAAGGCCAGGGCGGGCCACACCAUGCUGCGCCUUCGGACCCCAAGCACACCUGCACCUAGAGAGUUAUUAAUAGAGACCAAAAAAUGACUUACGCUGUCAAAUGAUUUUUGUGCAAAUCUAAUUCCUUGCAUGGCAAUUAGGAGGUGGUUUUAGCUGGGCGGUGGUAGAGGGCAGAGGCGUGCGACUCCGCCCUCACAUUGGCGGUUGGGUCUCUUCGAAAGAGCCACCAGGAGCUGGCGAUGAGCCUGCCGCUGAGCGGGCGAACGCUUCGGAGAAUUUUCGGCUGCAAAUCUGGUGGGGGCUGCGGUUUCCGAGGCCCUCUCCAGCCAAGGAAAAGCUACACAAAAAGCCUGGAUCUUUCUCCCUUCACCACCGGCGCUGCAAGCGAAGGUUCUCUCCGGCCCGCCCUCUAGCGUUCGUCUGGAGAAGGGCCACCCCCGGGGUCCUGGGGACUGUGCGCAUCAUGGGGUCCACUAGCAUCCCGCAGGUCAAGGCCUUCCGCAGAUCGGUAUCCGACUAUGUCAACUACGACAUCAUCGUGCGGCAUUAUAACUACACGGGAAAGCUGAGCAUCAGCGCGGACAAGGAAAACGGCAUUAAACUGAUCUCAGUGGUGUUCAUUCUCAUCUGCUGCUUUAUCAUCCUGGAGAACAUCUUUGUCUUGCUGACCAUUUGGAAAACCAAGAAGUUCCACCGGCCCAUGUACUAUUUUAUUGGCAACCUGGCCCUCUCAGACCUGUUGGCAGGAGUGGCCUACACAGCCAAUCUGCUUUUGUCUGGGGCCAACACCUACAAGCUAACCCCCGCCCAGUGGUUUCUGCGGGAAGGGAGUAUGUUUGUGGCCCUGUCUGCCUCCGUGUUCAGCCUCCUCGCCAUCGCCAUUGAGCGCUAUAUCACCAUGCUGAAGAUGAAACUCCACAACGGGAGCAACAGGUUCCGCUCCUUCCUGCUCAUCAGCGCCUGCUGGGUCAUCUCCCUCAUCCUGGGGGGCCUGCCCAUCAUGGGCUGGAACUGCAUCAGCAUGCUGCCCAGCUGCUCCACGGUGCUGCCGCUCUACCACAAGCAUUACAUCCUCUUCUGCACCACGGUCUUCACUCUGCUCCUGCUCUCCAUCGUCAUCCUGUACUGCAGGAUUUACUCCCUGGUCAGGACUCGGAGCCGCCGGCUGACCUUCCGCAAGAACAUUUCCAAGGCCAGCCGCAGCUCUGAGAAGUCGCUAGCGCUGCUCAAGACCGUGAUUAUCGUCCUGGGCGUCUUCAUCGCCUGCUGGGCGCCGCUCUUCAUCCUGCUCCUGCUGGACGUGGGCUGCAAGGUGAAGACCUGUGACAUCCUCUUCAGAACGGAGUACUUCCUGGUGUUGGCUGUGCUCAACUCUGGCUCCAACCCCAUCAUUUACACUUUGUCCAACAAGGAGAUGCGCCGGGCUUUCGUCCGGAUCAUGUCCUGCUGCAAGUGCCCCCGCGGAGAGUCCGCUGGCAAAUUCACGCGACCCAUCAUCGCCGGCAUGGAAUUCAGCCGCAGUAAGUCAGACAACUCCUCCCACCCUCAGAAGGAUGAUGGGGACAACCCAGAGACUAUCAUGUCUUCUGGAAAUGUCAACUCUUCUUCCUAAAAGUGACAACUGCCAACCCGCGGGAAGUGUUCUUGCAUGGUCACCCACCACCCCAGUGUUUGGAAAAACAAAAACAAAAACAAAAAAUCUCUCUCUGUGCCUCCACUGCUGCCUGGAAGGAGCUGCUGCGAGCCAGAGGGAGGGAGAAGGCGCAUCAGAACAGCCUGGUGGUGCCUGGUGUUGGUGGAUGGAGUUAGUUCCUGUGAACAAUGCACUGGGAAGGGUGGAGAUCAGGUCCUCGCCAGGAGUCUAUUUCCUGCCCCCUGGAGCUUUGAUUUUGCACUGAGCCAAAGGUUAGCAUUGUCAAGCUCCUGAAGUGUUCAUUUGGCCCCUCCUCAAAGACUAAUGUCCCCGUGUGAAAGCGUCUCUGUCGGAACCUUUGAGAUGUUUCUUUCACUUUAGUUUCCAACCCAAGUGAGUCUGUUCUCACUUCUGCUUCUCUAGGUAUGCUCUACAUAUCCCACCCUUCCUUCCCCUGCACAACCCUCCUCAGAAUUCCUUUACUUUAUAUUUUAACUACCUAGCAUUCAGAGCUAGGGGUGCGGCAUGGUUUAUUUCUUGGUCAUCUUGUAGCAUGUUGGCUGCGUCCAGCAGGUAGGCUGUGAUGGAGAUGGUUUGGAGAUGUAAAGCCAUUUCACUUGCUGAGGCCAAAGUUUCCAGGUAAGCUGGACGAGUUUUUUGGAAUUUGGUUGCAGUCACUUUGCAAAAAUCUUUGCAAUGAAAUGUGUUACAGUAUCAUAUCCAUCAUGGCUGAAAUCUGCAUAAGAAGGUCCAACUUAUUUAAAUGACAUCAGUCAGGAUCCUUAGCGUCACAGGAGCAGCCAACAAGCAAAACAAGGUGAAAACUGACUGAGGGGUGACUUUGUAAACUGAGAGGUUUUCUUGAUGAAUUUUUCUAACAAAUACAUCUGUCUUUGGCACUUUUGUUGAUGUUUAUUUCAGAGUGUUGUGUGAAUCAUUUCAACCCAACAGGAUCGCUGUAUUUUGUUGUGUUAAAAGUACUUUUUAUAAUUUUUGAAUGUAUUUGUUUCCACAUCUUAUUGGAUUUUCCUAACCUGUGUUAACACCAUUGAAUGUGUAUUUCUUCAGAAAAUACCACCCUCUUGUGCCCUUAAAGCAUUACUUUAACUGAUAGGGAACAUGAGAAGUUUUUCAGUACAGCUGUUCAUUAAAUAGUUCAUUGAAGAUGUGUAUAAAUGUUACAAAGAAUAAAAAUAUAUUGAUGUCUCUUUAGUAUGGUUUCCAGUGCAAUUAAACUGAGAAGUGUCUUUAAAAAAAAUAGUAUUUAAUAGGUUUCUGACAAUGUGGAUCAUUUUGCACAUAGCUUCAUCAACAUUUAAACAUUAAUAAACUGAUUUUUUUUAAAGA